UUGUGUAAUCGAUGGUGCGGCAGCUCUAGGCGCGUUGUUGCCGGCUUGUUAUUGCGAUUUCUUGCGAAUUUUCAAAUAUAAGUAAAGAUAUUAAUGAAAGCGUUGCCUUGCAAUGUCCCACCUGUCAACGAUCAAUGCCUGCAAGCUGCUGUUGUUCCGCCGAUGUCUGCAGGCCGUGCUGUUGACCGUGGGCAUCCAGUUCGUGCUGCUGACCAUUUUCCUGCUGUUCGUUAACUUUCAAUUGCUGCGUCCGCUGCAUUGGAUCACGAGCACGCUGAGUCUGGUGUGCAGCUUCUACACCUGGUUCGCCAGCAUACCACUCAUCGGCGCUGUUGUCCUGUACGGCGUGAUCCUGUGCCAGCAGCACCUGGCCGAGCGAUCGUACUGUGCCAGCCGAUUCCGCUGGCUGGUGCACUAUGGACCACGCAAGCUGCUCUUCCUGGGCGCACAUCUGCUCGUGGGCUGCCUCACAGCAUGGCUGUACACGGGCUACAUGCACACGGACUAUCGACAUUUGUGGUACAGGUGCUAUGGCCAGGAGUGCAUCAGCGCCUACCACGUGUACCUGCUGGGCAUGGGCAUCUUCGCGGGCUGCUAUUACUUCGUCUCGGUGCACAUGCGGCAGGAGGUCGAAAUCGAGUUUCCCAUCGUGAAUUAUUGUUGGGGCGAGAAGUUGCGCGAGCUGCUCUACAGCUCGAUGGCCCGAUCUCUGUUCAAGUCGCUCGUGCCCACGCUGGCGUACACGCUGCUCUUCUGGCUGUUCGGUCGUGUGGUGUGCCACAGGCUGAGCCACCUACUGGCCGUGGACUUGGAUGAGCGCCUCGAAGGCUUCUUUGGCGUGGCCACCAACGGGCGACUGCUCUUCUACGGCUGGCUGCUCACUGCCCAAAUACUGAGCAACAUGCACCUCAUGCGCUGCUUCUACAGCAUGUUCCUGUCCGAGGAGUUUCCUCUGGCCGUGACCAAGAAUCGCGCGCCAUUCGUACAGGAGAAAGAGGUGACUGUGGUCGCUGCCCUCGGAUUGACCAACGAUUACGUUGUCCAGUGCCUGGCUGCCAAAUAUCUGCACAAUCUGGUCACCACGGGAGACGUGGAGAAGCGUGCGGAACUGUUCCAGCUCACCGAACCGGGCAAUCGUCCGGCCAACUGGCGUGCACUGUGCGACCAAUGCCUCACCCUGCUGGGCAGCUUCACCGACGAACUGAUCGACUCCAUGCAGAAGAUAAGUGUGCUCAAGGGUUCGCCCAGCAGUCCACCGUUGGCGCCAAUCAGCGACAGCGUCAGUGCCAGUCUAAUGGCGGAGCGGGUGCUCACACGGCAGUACAAUCAGAUGCAUGGCAUUCGUCCGAUGGUUUCGCCUGGACGCAAUGCUCUCAUCGAUCGACCUGUGGACAGCAUACGGCGAGUGCCCAAUUGGUGUGAACGCGCCUCCAUGCAAAUGGAACAGUCGAUCCAGCUGCUGAUCAAUCGUGUGCCCGGCAUUGUCUAUCUCUUCACCGAGCCCGAGGGCGCCAAGACGACGUUCCUGCUGACCCAUUCGCUGACUUUGGUGUACGUUGUCCAAGCCCUGUCUCAGAUAUGCGUGCUCUCGCUUAAGGAGGAUGAAUUUGGUGUGGUGCAGAACGACCUGCCGGACAUUAUAAAGGCGAUUAGUCGCCUCAAGGGCGAGCUGGACAAGCUGAGCAGCGUGGCGAGCAAUCUGCGUGGUCCGGGCUCCAGCUUCAGCGUCCUACGCGGUGCUGUGCGUCGCAGUCUCUUUCACAUUUGCAUCUCCUUCGGCGACUACAUCGGCGAUCUGAUACCCUCCCGCGAGGAGUUGCAUCAGCUUCAGACACUGCUCAAUCAGGAGUAGACAUCACCACCACUCAUCCACACUCACAUUUGGUCAACUGUUUUGCAUCUCUCUUCAGUUUUGUUUUGGUAACAAUAAAAAUUAAUAAAUACAACUA